AUGGAGCAGGGGGCCAAGGGCCUGAGCCAGUGGCCUGUGGCUCUGCACCAGCUUACAGAGGACACUGAGAAGUCACUGUCCAUCUUGGACAUGUCUUCAUCUCCAGGAAGUGGUGGAGUGCACACCUCUUGGAACCAUGGCCCAUCAGGCACUCAGCAAGUUCCUCAGUGACAGAGCUUGGCCUCUGCUCAGGCACCCAGGCAGAAUGCCUGUGAAAUGGGGCAGCAGUUCAGUAUGUCACUUUCUGAGCAUGGUGUGAGCUACUGCUCUCAAAUGACUUUCACUGCUUCCCAGAUGAUUUACAGUCAGGGAAUGUCUCCUUCCCAGCCAGGAAUGGGGGUUUUCAAGGGCUCCCAGGCGAUGCCCUUAGGAGAGCCCAGUAUUUCAAGUGUGGGUGUGACCUUCAGUGGGAAUCUAAGCAUGCCCCACAGUGGGCUGCCAGUCUCACCUCCCAGUGGAAUCCCAAUGAUGUCCCACAAUGGAAUGUCAACAGUGCCUUAUUCUGGCCUCCCAACAGUACUUUCCAACGGAGACUCUUUAACACCUAAAAUGUUUUUGGAUCCAACCAUGCCUUCCACUGAGGUUCAGGCAGUAUUCCCCUCUUUGGCCCAGAUGUUGCCCUCUAGAAAUCCUCAGGACUUUGGAAUGCCCCCAGCUGGAUCUCCAUCACUGCUGGCUUUGGAAUCCCAGGGCUCUCUUGCGAGCCAGCCAGUCUCCCAGGAAGACUUUCCUAAGCACCGCUUAUGUGCACCAUGGACAGAGGCACAGAAUUCCAGGGCCCAAGAAAGGGCUUCCAGGAGGAGCUCUCCCAUUUCAAGGCCUUACCAUAGUAAGUACGAGAACUGCAGCAAUGCUUAUAUGAAGUGCUCCCACCUCGUGAGUCACCAACGUAAACACACAGGUGAGAGACCCUAUAAAUGCACGUGGGAAGCCUGUACCUGGUCCUUUUUCCAUUCCCUUGAACUUGGAAGGCAUACUCGAAUACACACCAGAUAUCGACCACAUAAAUGUGACCAGAGCAGCCAACAGUUCAUGAGAUCUGACCAUCUCAGGCAACACCAGAGGACUCAUAUGCAGGUGCCAAGAUCCCCAUACCUGAAGGCAGACAAUGGACAUAGGGUUGGUCCUCUUCCAGCUCCUCAUCUUUAG